GUGUCCCUGUGGCUGGAGAGAACAGGCGGGUGAUUUGUUGCCGAUUUUACGAAUUUAUGCAUGUUGAGAAGAGUCUUCAAAAUCAAAAAAUCAAACAUGAGAACAGCGAUUGCUAUACUUGCCAUCAGUUCUUGCUGCAUAACUCUAUUGAUGUAUUAUUAUUCACGCACAUUGUCAUUGACGGGCAAGCUUGAAUAUCAGGAAAGAAUUGCAACUACUGAGCCGGCAAAUGUGGGUCUACCCAUGAAGCACGUUUCAUUAAAAGAAAUCUACGACCAGUUAGAUAAAAAAGAUUCUGAAGAGGACUUUCUAGCGGAAGAUUAUAAAGCACCGCUUUUAAUUGAUAAUCCUGGAUGCAUAAUUCCUCUCUUUGCGGUGAAUUACACGAAGAACUUAAAUAAAUCUAAAAAUCGUAACUGCGGCGAAAGAGCUAUACAUUUAAAGAGAAUAGACGAAAGAAGUGUUUCAGUUUCUAUAGAGAAAAAUCGCUUAAGGAAAUACAUGGCAAGGAAUCCUGCAUUCGAAUGCUGUUACAGAUUUAUUCAUAUGGAGGACGACCCUACAAAAUUAAGAUAUGGAGUUUGUAAAAAACUUAAACAUGGCAUGACCAUUAUAUUGGAAACGGAAUUCAUCAAUGUUAAGUGCUUCAAAAAUGGAAUAAAACAUCCAAAUUCUCGUGCCUUAUAUACAGACAUGUUUGCAUUUACAAAAAAAGUACAUAAUACUAAACUACCUACGAAUAAUUGCAAGGAUAAAUACAACAUACUAAUGCUUGGCAUUGACUCUAUGUCCUUGCCCCGACUUGCACAAACUAUGAAACGAACUAUUAAUUUCUUUCGAGAUAAUUUCUGGUUGGCAUUCAGAGGCUACCACAAGGUGGGUGAUAACACAUUUCCCAAUUUGAUGGCGGCUUUUACAGGUAAAAACCUAUCUGUUCUCGACGAUAACUGCUCAGGGAAAAUGGAUGAGUGUAACCAUUUACUAAUCUGGAGUAAAUUCAAGGAAGCCGGUUAUGUAACUGCCUAUGGUGAAGACUACGUAAAACUACCUGAUACUUUUCACGACGACUAUCUGUUUCUGCGCUCACCAACAGACCACUACUUGAGGCCACUAUUUUUGAUGGGCGAGACAGAAAGUAGUUAUUCAACAGUUUGCACUGGAAAGCAAUUUUCAUCACAACAUCUUCUCGAUUUCGCUCUAGACUUUACCAUUACUUAUAGACAGCAACCUUUCUUUGGUUUUUUCUGGAUAAACUCCUUCAGCCACAAUCCUAACAGCCGACCACAAGAUGGGGACAUACUAAUUGAAAAUUUUCUCAAUCGUCUCUCGUACACAGGUGUACUAAAAGACACAUUCGUCAUAUUAUUCAGUGAUCAUGGUAUACGUUUCGGCGAGUAUCGUAUGCCAAUGGAAUCUUAUUAUGAUGAGCGGUUACCAUUUUUGUUUAUUUGGAGUCCACUAAAGUUCAAAGCGAAACAUCCUACUGCAUUUAAAAAUUUAGUUCAGAAUCAGUUCAGAUUAGUGACCCCUUAUGACUUACAUAAUACAUUAAUGGAUAUAAAUCGGUUAUCAGUUUGUAACGAUAACUUUAACAGUAUGAAUGUUUCUGAAGCUUGUCCUAAUUGUCAUAGUUUGUUCCUAACUGUUAGUGCUAAUCGCACAUGCCAGGAUGCUGCCAUUCAUGAAAAGUGGUGCAGUUGUCACAAAUUAUAUCCUCUGGACACUGCGGACCCGGAAGGUAUAAAGAGUACAAUGCACGUGGUCUCAUACAUUAAGUCAAAAGUUAAAAAAGUUAAAACUGAAAGAAAGAAACGCUGCUGGGUCUGUAGAGAUCUCUCAUUAAAAAAAGUGUUAAGAAUACAUUUUUACUACGAUGCCAAUAAAGUGAAUUUAUACCACGUUGUUGCAUUCACGAUGACUCCAGGUGGCCUAUCUUACGAAGCCACCGUCUUAAGGAAAGGUACAAGUGCUGAAAUAGUCGGCAAAAAUUCCGCGAUGCACAAAUCCUUUGAUAUACAUCGAAAAAAUGUGUUACUAUUGUUGGUGUUGUGGUUGGUGCUUUAUUUAUUCUACUACAAUGUACUCACACAGCUACUACAGCCGUACAUAUCUAGUCUAAUAGGGAAAAGGAAAGUUUUAGUAUACAAUGUAACAAAUGGAAAUGUUAGCGACAUAUAUCUAAUUGAAACUCCUGGGUGUACAAUACCCAACUUCUCAAGAGAUUUUCGUUACAUAGAAGCAAAGGAUUAUAAAAAUCAAUGUGGUAAACGUGCCGUGUUCAUAGAAAACACUGCACGUGACAUCAUCACAUUUUUUAUAGUAGAACAGAAUUUCGAGAAAAAUCUUUUAGGAAAAGAAGGUUACAAAUGCUGUUAUCAAUUUGCCUUGCGGUCUACUGUUCCAAACAAAGAAGACAUUGCAAUAACAUAUACCUCUUGCAGUCCAUUCCAAAACGGUACAAAAGUAUCAUUUGACAAUGAAGUGAUUAUAGUAACGUGCCAUCCACAACCGAGUACCAAGAGAGAGGCUAUUUAUAAAGACGCCUUUAUUCUACUCAAAAAACAAACAAACGGUGAAAACUCAGCGAAAGCAGGAGAAAAAUCUUGGAAUGUUCUCUUAUUGGGAAUGGACACAAUGUCUCGGGCUAGAGCGUUCCAUAGUAUGCCAAGAAUGGUGAAAUAUUUUGAAACAAACCAUUGGCUAGACUUCAGAGCUUUUCAAAAGGUAGGAUUUAACACCUUCCCGAAUGUUAUGACUACGCUGACAGGCAAAAAAUUAUCCACAAUUUACUCAGCAUGUGGUAAAGGCAUGUACUAUUGCAAUGAUCUAAUGAUUUGGAGUAAAUACAAAGAAUAUGGAUACGUCACCGCAUAUGGAGAAGAUUAUUUAAAAUUACCCGACACAUUCGCUAGGCAUAAAGGUUUCAAGAUACCGCCCACUGAUCAUUACACGCGUCCAUUUUUCCUCACUGGUGAACAUGUUAACGGCAAUAUUGUUUGUGCGAAAAUGAAACCAUCUGCUCUACAUCUAUUAGACUAUGCUUAUCAGUUAUCAAAUGCAUAUAAAAACGAAAAGUUCUUCGGAGUAUUUUGGAUCAAUUCCUAUAGUCACAACACAAACAAUAUACCUACACUUUUGCAAGAUCAUCUCAUCGAUUUCUUCGAGAAGCUUGACAGUGAGGGUGUAUUGAACAAUACACUCAUUAUAUUCUUAAGUGAUCAUGGAAUACGUUACGGCCCUAUGAGAAUACCCGUUGAAUCAUUUUACGAGGAACGGCUGCCAAUGCUUUUUAUGUGGAUUCCGAGUUCAUUUAGAAAACAACACAUAUCAGAAUAUUACAACAUGCAAUUGAAUCAAUUUCGUCUUGCUACUCACUACGAUUUGCAUUCAACGCUAUGGGAUAUUCUAAAGUUAUCAAAUAACAACGUAAGCACCGUUCCUCCUGAGGCCUGCCCACAGUGCAGUAGCUUGUUUGUGGAGAAAUCAAUAAAUAGAAGUUGUGACGACGCAAACGUAGAUGCGAAAUGGUGCAGCUGUCAUGUUUUAAACAAAGUACCUGAUAAUGAUGACAUGGCCAGUGUCGUCCCCGCAAUAGCUAUUUCGUACUUGAACAAUUUCACAAACACAAUAAAAACUAAAAAAUGUAAGAUAUGUAUCCCUCUUAAGAUAAAAACUGUUCUUCGGAAUUAUUCGUACCGAGAUGAUUAUAACAAUAAAACAUAUUAUGUAGUAGCAUUCAAGGUAACAUCGCAAAAUGUGAUGUUUGAAGUCUCAGUUGAAGCAUAUAAUAACGAAUACAAAGUUUUAGAAGGGACACACACAAUAUCUGGGUACAGUAAAAGAGACAGCUGUGUUAUAAAUCCAAAUGACCAUGAGUUUUGUAUAUGUGGUAAAGAUAAAAGGACUAACCAGAUGUUGCCCAAAACCGAGUUCAAUGGAAAAAGAGGAGAGAGGCUUUUGCCAAGCAGUGGGACAGGAAAGGCAUGA